GGAAGUCCGAACCGUGGACACAUAUUUGAAUGUGCAACUGGAAAAACAAGCUUGACUUGGUGAAACGGUUUGGGAGAACUGCUGUUCUCAGCUUGCUACAGCGGAACAACUGCGUUUGAGAAUUAGCACAUUGAAGUUUGAGACUGUCAAAGCCGGGUUCAAACGGUUACAAAUGUUCAACAAAAGGUUUUAAACGUCGUCCCUGUAAGCAACUUAUGCACUUCCUACUAGAGUAUAUGAACUGAUUCUCCAAUUAGACUCGAUCCGGCAUUCAAGGUGCAUAUUCAUUAGCCCUGAUCAAACGAUCAAACCCUCAUAUUUCAGUAAGUUUUUUUUUGGCGCUCUUAUUUUUUUUUCUCAUUUGUCUUUCGCAUGUUGCUUAGAGUUAUGUUAUUACGGCUUCCUUUCUUAAUUCUUUGCUCUUUCUCAUUUUUGUCUUUGCUUACAGUAAGUUACAGAUACAAAAAAGUUCCCGACACGCAAUUCUACAGUCCUGCGGGUCUGCUUUAUAGCUACAAUACAAUACGAAAACCAAUGUAUGGCCAUCAUGGGCUAUCAGAAUUAGAUAACAAAAGGCUGCUUAGAUUGCUGAAAGCAGCUGCUUCAAGGGUACGAGAUAUCAAAGAAGAGAAAUAUGCUAUGACAUACCGAAGUAUAGAAACGAUUAGUUGGCCGAAACAAUAUGUGCCAUUUUGCAAUUGGUUUCUACUACCUUGCAACACAACAACCUGCACAGCAAAAUGCAUUUCUUUAAACUACACUAUUUACAUCUAUUCUCAUGACGAUAUGAGAAGAGCAGCCAGAAGGAACCUUUCAGAUGAAAUUUUAAGAUUCGGAGGUGCCGGGACUUCUCAGGUUGUCAAUGAACUUCGUCGGUCAAACAGAGUUACUCAGAAUGCUUCAGACGCAUGCUAUUUUAUUGCAGAAAAUAAGGGACGGCAUAUAUACAAGCUACAAGAUCUUCCAUAUUGGAACCUUGGUAUAAAUCACAUGGUUCUGGAUUUUCUUGACGGCAAGUGUGAAGGUCAGCACGAUGUUGGGUUUGCAGCGCUUCUAAAGACGCAUCUCUCCAGUGACAUUUUUCGCAGUAACUUUGACAAGUCAUUGCCUCUCCCUCCUCGACAACACUUUCGAAUACUUGAGCAUCCAAAGAAAUUCCUAAUAACAUUCAAAGGGACCAGUUAUCCUCUCCAUACUGCUGGGGGUAUAAGAUCCAUAUUGAAUAAUUUUCAUAACGGAAAAGACAUCAUAUUUGUUACAAAGCCACAAUUUUCCGUUCCCACUCCAGAAUACGAUCUUUGGUCUUACGAAGAACUCGUUGAGCAAAGCAAGUUCUGUCUAGUUCCACAAGGACGAUCCCCGAGUACCUUUCGGUUGCUAGAAGUGAUGUCAGCCGGCUGUAUACCGGUUUUCUUAUUUGAUACCACGGCAGCGAAGUAUAUUAUGCCCAUCAGUGACGAAAUUGCGUGGGAACAGAUAUCAUUUAUCGCCCCUAAUUAUCCAGCCGAAUUCCAAGCAUUUCUCGAAGGUUUGAGACUGGUAAAUAACAAGAAAGUCGAGAACAUGUCAAACUUAGUUGUAAAGGUAAGAUUCAACUGAAAUUGUAUCAAAUAUAAUUAGAGAAACACGAAUAGACCGCCACGUCUAUUAUGGACUCUCCCCUGAAUGCAUUAUCCCACGAAAAUCUCAGAUCGAC